GGGGCACUUCAACAACUGCAGCAAACUUCAGGGACAAAGAAGAAGCGGUGAAUGGACACGGAAGAACCUGUUUUUACCAAAUCCUGUUGGUUAAAGUAGUUCCAGAACUUCCUGCCAGUACUCUUAGAUACAAGACCCAUCAACAGAAUGGUGUUCAUCUGUGACCAGUGUGGAAGGGUGUGCAAAAAACCUUCCAUACUCGAAGUGCACUACAGAACUCACACAGGAGAAAGACCGCACAGAUGUGACCAGUGUGGGAGGGGAUUUAUUCAUUCUGGUGCCCUCAAUCGACAUAUGAGACUCCACACAGGAGAGAAACCGUAUGGAUGUGACCUAUGUGGGAAGUAUUUUAGACAUCUUAAUAGCCGCAAUCAACACAUGACAAUCCACACAGGAAAAAAAUCAUACAGAUGUCAUGUUUGUGAGAAGGCAUUUGCACUGUCAAGCACCCUCGUAUCCCAUAUGAGAAUCCACACCGGAGUGAAGCCAUUUGAAUGUGAACAGUGCGGGAAGAAAUUUACACAGUUCGGAAACCUCCAUCAACAUAGGAGAAUCCACACCGGAGAGAGGCCAUACGAGUGUGACCAGUGUGGGAAUACCUUUUCUCUAUUAUCCAAUUACACUAGACACAUGAGAGUUCACUUCUGGCACAAACUGUAUGAGUGUGACCAGUGUGAAAAGGCUUUUAGAACAUCCCAGGAUCUCUCCAGUCACUACCGAAAGCACACAGACGGACCGUACGACCGUGAAGAAAGUGGGAAGGCUUCCAGGUCCGCGAGGAAUCGUCAGAAACGUGUCCAAAUCUUACAGACUGGAGAGAGAAGCUGCAGCUCUAAUGAUUGUGGGAUGAAUUUAAGUAAACCUGCCCAACCUGAGCCUCAAGUCGGACUCAAAAAACUGGAGAUCAGGCUUCACCGACUCGAGACUGUGGAGUUGAAAAAUUACAAGCUUUAAAUGAAAUGUUUAGAUUUUUUUUUAUUAGGAAGAGGUUUUAGUUGAAGUUUGUCCAUCGUAUUUGUCGUUAUUUUAGUUUAACUUUGAGCUUUUAGCUCCUAAAAUCUAAGGCAUUGUUUUCCAAAGACUGGAUCGCAAGAGUUUUUUUUUGGGGUCACCUUGUCAUGAUCUACAUGUAGGUCUACAAUAUACAUCUACAUACAUGUAUAUAUAGGGCCACCUUUAAUGUCAUAAUAGGCUCCUUAUGACAUCAAGUGGCCCCUGCCUUAACGACGUUGAAUCCUCGUAAAACUACGGUUAUGACUGAUUACGGUUUUUCAUUGUUUAAAACUUGAGUAACACUAAUUGUUCAGAGAGACAUGAUCACUCAGUCAACAAUAAAAUAUCCUCAUUAAUGUUCAAUAAAGGUCACAAAUUUAUAUUAUCAUUUACGAAUAAUGUCUAUUGACUUAGAUUGAGAAGAUUUAUGACUUUUAAAAUAUGGGUCCCCAGAAAAACAGUUUGGGAAACACUGAUCUAAAUGAAUUUAGAUCAGUGUUUCAAUGAAUCAUGUGAAUUUUUUUGUUUUGUUUUGGGGUUUUUUCUGUUUGCUGCAUACUCUUGUAAGCAUAUCCACAACAGACGUUCAUUAUUUUCAUGGCCACUGUGAUGAA